GCCGGAGUUUGUUCAGUGUGUCAUCAGCACUCGACAAUGCAGACAAAAGUACAUUUGAAGCAGCAAUUAUGGGGGGAACAAAGUUAUGCUCGCGGCACUUGCCUCAGGACAUCAUUUACUGUGUUGGUGGUGUCUCUGUAUUUUUCCCACUCUUCACACAGUUUUUUGAUGCUGCAAUUGAUGUUGUGCAAUCUUGCCAUACACCUGUUGGCAAUGACAAAUUGGCAGCUGAGGUCAUUGAGCUAGUCGCAACUGUUCUGGAUGGAAAUGUAUCGAAUCAACAACAGAUGUAUCUUCUUUCUGGGUUAUCUAUUCUAGGCUUCUUGCUUCAAUCAGCUACACCACAACUCUUAACCACCAAAACUCUUUCCGCACUAAAGUAUAUGUUCGACAUUCUGAGGAACUGUGGCAUGUCAAAAAUUCUCCUGAAAGAUGCUAUCUCACAAAUUUAUUUAAAUCCACAAAUAUGGGUAUAUGCAAGCUAUGAAGUGCAAAGAGAUCUCUAUAUGUUUGUGAUAAAAUAUUUUGAAACAGACGGGAGGCUUUUACCACUUCUAUGUCAACUUACUUGGAUUAUUGAUAUUGUGUGCCGAUAUUACUGGGAAAAGGCUGAUUCUAGGCAUGUUGCUGCUUCCAAGCCUUUGCUGCAUCCAGUUACCAAAGAAGUUAUCGGGGAGAGACCUAAGAUAGUUGAAAUUCGCAAGCUUCGUCUUCUCUUUUUAAGUUUAGCAGAAAUGAGCUUAAAGCUAAAAAGUUCUCCAGAUGACAUAAGAGCGCUCGUAGCGUUUUUUGAGAGGAGUCAAGACAUAGCAUGUAUAAGGGAUAUGCUGGACACGAUCAUCCCUGCUCUUUCACAGGGCUCAGUUUUAUCAUCCUUUGUGGAGAAUGUAAAUUGCCUUGGUGGUUGUUGCAUUUUCAUUAAUCUUCUUAAGAGGGAAUUUGAGCCAGUCCGUUUGUUGGGGCUUCAGCUCCUUGGAAAGCUCUUGGCUGGGAUUCCUUCUGAGAAGAAAGGGAUGAAAUUAUUUCCCUUACCCUUAGUGCAGUCUAGAUCCAUCUCUGAAAACCUCACAAAAGAAAUAACAGCUGCACCUCAAUUGUUCUUCUAUGCAAUAUCUGAAAGGCUAUUCAAAUUUCCGCUAUCGGAUAAUUUAUGUGCAGCUCUUUUCAGUGUUCUUGGUGGAACCACUCCACAACAGGUCCUCCAGGAAAAUUCUCAGUCUGAUCCAUCAAGGGAUAAAAAUUGCAAUCUUUCAAGCUCGGCACCCUUUUCCCUUCCUCAGAUUUUGGUCUGCAUCUUUAGAUACAUGCAUUCUUGUCAAGAUUCAUCAGCACGCAGAAGAAUCUUAAAUGACCUUCUUGGUUUGCUGGAUUCAAACCCUUCAAACAUUGAGGCCUUAAUGGAGCACAGUUGGAACUCUUGGCUUGAAUCAUCAACUAAGCUUGAUGUAUUUAAGGACUACAAAUCAGUUUCUAAAGGUGAGCUUGAUGAUGGGGAUACAGAUGAAAUAAGCCUUGUGAGGAACCUGUAUUCUUUGGUCCUUUCGUACUACCUGCGCUCUGUUAGAGGUGGCUGGCAUCAGCUUGACGACACUACUAAUUUUUUCCUUUUAAAACUUGACCAGGGACAGCUAUCAAGUUUUGAUUUGCUGAGGGACAUACUUGAUGAUAUCGCAGGGAGCCUUCUUCAGAAAUCUGUGAAAGAUAAUAUUUUCCUUUUUCAGCCUUGCUGUGAUAAUGUAUUAUAUUUUUUGAACCUUAUACAGGAGUUGCUUGUCAAUCAAAUGGGAAUUAAGCUCUUGUUUCCAUCUUCCAAUCUUUCAGAAGAAUCUUCACAUGAUAACAUGUGGAAAGAAGAUAUUAAGUCAAUCGUAAAUGAUAUUUUAAAUACUGAGAGCAAUGGUCAAUAUACAAGAUUUUCUGAUGGAAAAAAAGUCAGUGAUGAUUGGUGGAGCUUCUUUGACAAGGUGUGGAGUAUUAUAUGUAAUUUGAACAGAAAAGGACCAAGCAAAUUGCUGCAAAAAGAUCCAAAUGUUGAUGUUGCAUCUUUGGGGUUGAUGGAGUCUGUGAAUGUCCCUACUCCUGAAAAGGCUGCUGUUGUUGUAUCUGAAGGUAUCGGUACUGCAUUAGGUGUAAAAACGAAUAGAUUCACUGAGAAAACUAUAAUGUCAAGGGAGGAGAUAAUUCCAAGAGUUUUCUUCCACCUUGUGAUUCUGUACCUCUGCAAAGCUGGAUCAGAAAAUGCAUCCAAGUGUGUCCUGCAGUUCAUGUCAUUGCUUCCAAUUCUUCUUAUUUCAGAAGAUGACCAAAGCAAAAAUAAGCUGCACUUUUUGAUCUGGUCUUUAUUAAUCGUAAGAUCUCAAUAUGGACAGCUUGAUGAUGGCGCACGUUUCCAUGUUUGUUCGCACUUGAUUCUUGAAACUAUCAUAUAUGGAAAGUCCAUGUUGGUUACUAAUAUCUUAGGUAGAGAUGAUUCUAUGGAAGUCAACAAGAACAAAGAGACUGGAUUCAUUCUUAGCUUUAUACAGAAGGAUCGCAUUUUUGCCGCGGCUGCUGAUGAGGUUAAGCACAUGAAGGCUGUUCAGGCUGAUCGCUUAAAGCAGGUGCAGGAACUUCAGUUCAAGCUUAAUGAAAGUUCCAGAAAGGAGACACGGUUAGUGCAGGCCAUUGAAGAUGAGAUACAUUUUACUGUCACUGCCGCCCUUUCAGCAGAUGAUGGUAGAAAAGCAGCUUCUCAACUUGCUUUCCGUGAGGAUCAGCAAAUGAUCACGGAUAAGUGGAUACAUAUUUCCCGUGCUCUGAUGGAUGAGAGAGGACCAUGGUCUGCUAACCCUUUUCCAAAUGAUGUUGUGACUCACUGGAAACUUGACAAGACAGAAGAUAGAUGGCGACGGCGGUUUAAGCUCAAGCGUAAUUACAAAUUUGAUGAACGUCUAUGCCAACCUUCACAGUCAAGGAAUGAAAGUACAUGUCCUUCAGCUGACCAACCAUACAUUAGUGCCAAAAUUCCUGAGAAAAUGAAGCGGUUCCUUCUUAAAGGAGUGCGUGGAAUCACAGAGGACAGUGGCUAUGAACCAUCUGAAGACACUAGUGAUGCGAGUGAAUCUUCACAGAGUAAUCCUUUAGAGAGCCAAAACCAGAAUAAUGCAGCAGAUUCCUCUGAUUAUCACUCUACUGUACACGAUAAGAAAGAGCCAUCAUCUACUAAUGGAGAUAAUGAUUAUACAAAGGUGCUAUGUUCAGUUCGUUGUGUUCUUGUAACCCCAAAGCGAAAAUUAGCAGGAUACUUAGAUAUCACACGAACUGUUAUGCAUUUUUCUUUUGAAUUUUUGGUUGAAGGAACUGGAGGAUCAUCUGUUUUCAGCAAAUUUAAAGAUAAAAAAGAUUCAGAUUGCAAGAACGAGCUGGGAGGAGUGGACAGACUUGAUGGAUGCCGAGAUGGUAUGAUUGAAACCAAUGGUGUGUUGAUGCAAAACCAAUCUAACAAGAUUAAACGUCACAGAAGGUGGAACAUAACCAAGAUAAAAGGAGUUCAUUGGACACGCUACCUACUACAAUAUACUGCAAUGGAGAUCUUCUUUGAUGAUUCAAGUGCACCUAUAUUUUUAAACUUUUCCUCCCAAAAGGAUACUAAAAAUGCUGGGACUCUGUUGGUUUCUCUCAGGAAUGAAGCUUUGUUCCCUAAAGGAAGUAUCAAAGACAAAAAUAGUAUCAUUUCAUUUGUCGACAGGCGAGUUGCUCUUGAAAUGGCUGAGAAUGCCAGGGAAAUAUGGAAAAGGAGGGAGAUCAGUAACUUUGAGUACCUUGUGAUUUUAAACACCCUUGCUGGAAGAUCUUACAACGACUUAACUCAGUAUCCUAUAUUCCCAUGGGUAUUGGCUGAUUACACAUCAGAAAAGCUUGAUUUCAAUAAGUCAUCAACUUUUAGGGAUCUUUCGAAACCAGUUGGUGCUUUGGAUGAAAACCGCUUCAAGGUUUUCGAAGAUAGAUAUCUUAGUUUCUGUGAUCCUGAUAUACCAAGUUUUUAUUACGGAUCUCACUACUCUAGCAUGGGAAUUGUUCUGCAUUACAUGCUUAGGCUCGAGCCAUUUACAACUCUGCAUCUAAGCUUUCAGGGUGGCAAGUUUGACCAUGCUGAUCGUCUGUUCCACAGCAUUGAUAGCGCCUACAGAAAUAGCUUAUCAAGUACAAGUGAUGUCAAAGAGCUUAUUCCAGAAUUCUUUUACAUGCCUGAGUUUCUUGAAAAUUCAAAUUCAUAUCAUCUUGGUGUUAAGCAGGAUGGUGAACCUAUAGGCAAUGUUGCUCUCCCUCCAUGGGCGAAGGGUUCACCUGACGAAUUCAUCCACAUCAACAGAGAAGCCCUUGAAAGUGAAUAUGUGAGCUCUAAUCUCCAUCACUGGAUUGACCUCAUAUUUGGUUACAAGCAGCGUGGACAGCCAGCUGUUGAGGCAGCAAACAUAUUUUACUAUGUGACAUAUGAAGGUGCAGUUGAUCUGGAAAAUAUGGAUGACAUGUUGCAGAAAUCUGCUAUUGAGGAUCAGAUAGCGAAUUUUGGACAGACACCAAUACAGAUCUUCCGGAUGAAACAUCCAAGAAGAGGACCUCCCAUCCCAAUUGCUCAUCCGCUGUAUUUUGCGCCACAGUCGAUAAUAUUGACUUCGAGUGUUUCUAGGACAAUCAGCCACAUGUGUGCUGUACUAUUCAUAGGUUUGUUGGAGAAUACAGUUGUGUUGAUGAAUGAGGGGCUCAUAUUGUCAGUAAAGCUGUGGUUGACAACACAGCUGCAGUCAGGUGGAAAUUUCACCUAUUCUGGACCACAGGAACAUUUCUUUGGAAUCAGUUCAGAUGUUAUCUCUCCUCGUAAAAUUGGCACUUUCCUUGCUGAAAACGUUGAGUUUGGAAGACAUUGCUUAGCAACAAUGCAAAAUAAUGGUGACAAUUAUUUGAUUUUAUGUGGAAACUGGGAGAACAGUUUCCAAAUAAUUUCUCUUAGUGAUGGAAGAAUUAUGCAGAGCAUCAGGCAACAUAAGGAUGUCGUUGGCUGUGUUGCAGUUUCAUCUGAUGGAAACGUGGUUGCAACUGGUGGUUAUGACACAACUGUUAUGAUCUGGCAUGCAUUUCGAGGAAGACCAAUUGAUAAGAAAUUGAGGACUGCCAAUUUUGAACUUUCAGAAAAGGAACAUGUUAUAGUGGAAAGGCCUGUUCAUAUCUUAUGUGGUCAUGAUGACAUCAUAACAUGCUUAUUUGUUAGCACAGAACUGGACAUUGUAAUUAGUGGUUCAAAAGAUGGGACUUGUAUUUUUCAUACACUGCGUGAAGGGAGAUACGUUCGGUCGAUUCAGCAUCCUUCUGGUGUUGGUUUUUCGAAAUUGGUUGCAUCACAGCAUGGGAGAGUGGUAUUGUAUUCUGAGAAUGACCUCUCCUUGCACAUGUACUCCAUCAAUGGAAGACAUAUUGCUUCUUCAGCAACUAGUGGACGUCUCAAUUGCAUGGAACUUAGUUGUUGUGGUGAGUUCAUUGCUUGCGCUGGCGAGAAGGGACACAUAGUGCUACGUUCUAUGCAUUCUCUUGAUACUGUUUGGAGGUAUGAUGGAGCUGGGAAGACAAUAACUUCUCUAGCUGUGACCCCUGAGGAGUGCAUCCUAGCAGGAACCAAGGAUGGUAGCUUGCUAGUGUUCUCAAUAGAAACUCCUCUCCUUCGAAGGGGGAGCAUGCAACGAAAUAGAAUAAAGCCCUCCACAACUGGUUAAGUCAUCAUGUACUUCUGGCAGCAAUAAGUCCACCAAAAGAAAAAUCAUAAGCUUCAUGCUAUAAACAUAAGGUCAGAUCGCAUUGGCUGUUUUAUCUGGAGCAACUAAAAGUUAAGAUUGUAGUAACCAAACGCUGCCGCCUUUGGCUGUCCAGUAGGAUGUCCCCGAGUAGAUUGAAAGCCACAUGGACUUACAGAAUAGAGAUAGGAAAUGGACACAUUACAACCCAGGACACGAACCUACGAGUCAAGCAUGAGUGUAACUAAUUAUACAGGCUAGCUAAAUUCUUAGUGAGGUCUGUGAUAUUUUGGCUUUAGCAAACUACUGUAGAUUCUUUUUGUCUGACAAUAAUAAGCGCUGAAUUUCCUUGAAA